AUGUCCGACUCCAAAGACAGCCUCUUAACCACCAACAAUGAGCCCAACGACCCACCACCAGCCUACGACAGCCAAACCAGGCCGAGCCGCGGGGCACCCCUCCCCCGCCCACCACCACUCUCUCUGCCCGUCCUAAACGACCUCCGCAAGAGAAGAGUAAUCCUAGCCUCUCAAUCACCUCGCAGGAAACAAAUAAUCUCCUUCCUGGGCCUACCCAACAUCGAAAUCAUCCCCUCCAACGCAGAAGAGAAUCUCCCCAAAUCCCUCGCCCCCUUCGAGUACGUCCUCGGCACCGCAACAAAAAAGGCCCAAGCCGUCUACGCCCAAGAAGUCGAUAACGAAGAAAAGGGCGAACCGGCCCUGAUCCUCGCAGCUGAUACCGUCGUCGUCGACACCACCACCGGAUCUAUCCUCGAGAAACCCCGCUCCGAGGCUCACCAUGUCACCAUGUUGCGCGCACUGAGAGAUGCGCGCGAUCACAAGGUCUUCACGGCGCUAGUAGCCAUGGCUCCGCUGCAGAGUGCGCGGCAACCGGGAUAUGCGUUGGAGAGCUUUGUCGAGGAGACUUCCGUGCGUUUUGAUGGGGAGGUGUCGGAUGAUUUGAUCUUGGCUUAUGUGCGGACGCGCGAGGGCGCGGAUAAAGCGGGUGGGUAUGGAUUGCAAGGGUUGGGGUCGAUUCUUGUGGAGAAGAUUGAGGGGUCGUAUGAUAAUGUGAUUGGGUUGCCUCUUAAGGCUACAUUGAAUAUCAUUCAGAAGGUUAUGAACAUGGCGAAUGAUGAGGAUCGCUUGGAGGGUGAUCCGAUUCUUGAAGAAGACGAGGAGGAUUCGGAAUGA